CAGAAGGCAGGGCAGAGGCAGCAUGGGCUGUGGCCCCCAGUGGUGACCAGCCCUGCCAUGGGAAACAACAGUUCUCACAAGAGGACCAAAGUGCCCAAGCAGGCCUGCAAGGAGAAGCCGCCCGAUAUGGACAAGGCUGGGCGGAAACAGCAGUUCUUCAGCCACCUCAAGCGGAAGAAGCCAAGCGCCAAGAUCGUGCUGCUUUUCCCCUUGGACAAGCGGCAGCAGCUAGCCGAGGUGGCGGCGGGCCCCAGCGCGCGGCCUGGGCGACCAGGCGAGGACGCGACGGGCGGCCCGGUGGGCUCCCCGGCGGCGGCGCCCAUGCUGCGAGGAGCGGGCGACGGCGCUGAUCGGCGCGAGGGCGUACGCGCGCGCGAGAUGAAGAAGAUCUUGGUCCUGCUGCUGCUGCUGGACGCGCGGCUGCAGGAGGAGGGGCGCUGCGCGGCGGGCGCGCCCGGGGGCGGGGCCGGAGCGGGGGGCGGAGCCACGGUGGCGCCGGGCUGGCAGCGGCUGUAUGCGCGCCUGCUGACCGAGAGCGAGGUGGACCGCGAUGCCGACCCAGCCGAGGAGCAGCCGCGGAAGCGGCGCCGCUGCCCUCGCCCGCGGCCCUGAGCGCCCGGCCCGGUCCGCGGCCCCCGGCCCAAUAAAGAGCGCAUAGCAACCCUG